AAUGUAAAUCAAUUCAAACGCGAAUGCAGUGGCAGAAAGACUUCAUUAUUUACUUUUAACAGUUUUAGACGACCUAUCAGAAGUUAUCCGCUUUAGAUCUGAAGCAUGUGAAUAAAUAUGAACUAAACUUCAGUUUCGCCGCCGUCUGCUCGCUGUUAACCAGCAUUAGGUUGAGUUUAUAACCGGCUGAUCUGGGAGCUAACAGGCUAACAGCCCAAGCUGAUGGAGAUGGAGGAAUUAUUAGAUCCUGGAGAAGUUGGUGAGAAUAAAUAAACUCUUAUUUUCCACUUUAAACUGUGUCUGUGUGCAGGUAAUUUAGUGCUCGUGUGAAAACAGAGAUAAACACACACACAUACGUGGAGGAGGAGGAUGUAACCUGCUCUCACCAGACGUUAAUCACAAUAUAUAUUGACCUAUUUCUACCAAAUGUUUAUAGAUAUUUACAUGGCUAAACUGGUGAAUAAUGUCUGGAUUCUCUGUUUUGGUCUGGUCCAGGGUAUGUAGGGGUGAGUGGGGUAAGUUGAGCCACCCCCUGUUUCUUGAAAAUUGCAAAAUAAAUUGAUCCUGUGUCCAAAUAUCAAGGAGAUGGGCAUCAAUUCAUGGAGUCUGUGAAGGUUAGAAGCUCAUGGGUGAAGAGGUUAGACAUUUAUUUACAAAAAUUUUUCACUCUUGAAAGUGAACUUAGUCUGUCAUAAGUUUUAUUAGAAUUGUGUUCAGACCAAAAAAGAUCAUUUUAAAUUAGUUUUAUACAUCAAUUGUGGUAUCUAUGAGCUACAACAUGAGGUCAAAAACCUAGAAUAAAGGUCCACCAUUUUAGCUUUGAGGACUAAUAAAGUCAUCAUAGUAGUUCAGGGGUAACUGAGGAAAGUAAAGGAGUCUGAUGAGAGGAUCAGAGUUUCAGUUCAGAUUGUUGAAAUUGUUGUUGAAAUGCUGUGAAUGUCCUGAAUCACUUGUAGACAUUCUCAUGUUAAAAUGUUUUUUUACAAAACAACUUUUUAGCAGUUAAAUGCAAUAAUAAUAAUAAUAAUAAAAAGAAUUGUUGUACCAGUUGAAUAGUGUAUAAUAGACAAAAAUACUCAUGAAGAAGUGAGUGUUAUUUAGGGAGAGAGAAGACCCCCAUACACAGGGUAAGUUGACCAUAGGAGACCACUUUUUUUUGGCAUGUUAUAUUAUCAAGACAGUUCUGUUUUCACUCAGUUAGAGACAAAACUAUGAUUGGCUUGAUGUAGUGAUCCGAAAUAUGAAAAAUGGCUCAUCUUACCCCACUCUCCCCUACGGUGGCCUUGAGGGUCAGCUGCACAAAGACAUCGUUAAUGACAAAAAUAUUCCACAAAAUGUCAAAAUAAUUUCAAAAGAUUAAAAUUUUGCAAGUAAUCUUGGUAAAAUUAAAAUCUUUAAAGUCAAAUAGAAGAGAAAGAAACUGGAUUUUUCUCUCUAUUUCAGAACGAGCCAAAACCUUCUGGGCUGAAGAGGACGUCGAUCAGGUCUUCAGAGGAGUGUCCGAGUACCUGAAUCACCUGAAACUUGUCCUGAAGAAGAACACGGCCACAGAUCGAGGUUUGAGUUUUUGCUUAUUGAUCUCAUAUUUUAUUUUAUCGAUCAGUAGGUAUUGAUCUCUUUGUUGUGGGUGUUGAUCAGAGUACGUUCAGGCCUUUAAGCUGCUGGAGGCUCUGGACUGCUCCCCUCCGACCUCCUCUCAGGACUCUUCUGUGGUUCAGGUGGUGAUCGGCUCAGGUAAACACAAGCUUUUAUUUUGAAAUUUGACUUUUUUUGAGUUACAAACCAAAAGUCUUGGUGUGUGUAUUAUUGUGUCUUAUUUUGGCGAUGUCCCCCUGUCCAGAUGAGAUCCUACCUGCUGAGUUCUCCUCCUCCUCUCCCCUCUCCCCCUCUGAUGGACUGUUCAGCUCAGCUGCUCCCCCUGCAGGCCGAGAGGAGCUGAUGCCUCCUCUGACCCCCAUCACGCUUCACUAUGAGCCGCACACCUGCUGCAAGGUCACACACACACACUCACACACAGACACACACUAACACUAACACCGUACACUCUCAUUAACACUUGACUCCUCCCUCCAGGCCUGUCUGCUCAGUUUACCCAGCAUGCCCCACUCCACGCCGCCGUUCUGGGGUCUGAACCCGCUGAAGGUCCCAUUGCUCUGCGGCUUCAAGAGGCUGAGUGGUGUGCCGCGUACGUCACCAAAAGGGGGCGGGGCUUGGAGCGGUCAAGAGGCAGAUUGUGUGGAGGCGGAGGACGAGGAGGACUGGGAUGUGGUUUAUAGGGCACCGUGUGGGCAGAGCCUCCGUAAUUAUGAGGACGUGAUGCAUUUCCUGUUGGCCACCGAGAGCUACGACCUCUUGCAGGUCAGACAGUUAAAAAUAAGUAAAUGAGGACAGGUGUGCAGACCCCUUUGUGUUUUUGUCGACUGGGUCUUUAAAGAGCGCUCUUCUGUCCUCUCUCCUCUAGAUCGACUUCUUCACCUUUAACCCCACCGUCAGGUUGGACCCUCCAUCUGCGUCUGCCCCCCAGCGACCUGAGGUGGACCUGAGCCGGGGGGUGGAGCCUACACCUGUGGAGUUGUGCGUCGGGGAGGGUGGGACCCGGCCGCCCGAUUUCCGUUACAGGAAGGAUCGCUGGCCGCAUGGCUGCUUCUUAAGCCGCGGCCCUACGCCGUUCAAGGCCUGCUGCGACUGCACUGAUGGCUGCAGUGACAAGCAGCGUUGUGCCUGUGUUGCUAUGACGACAGGAGGGCGACACUACAAACACCACAGGCUGGAGGAGCAAAUACCAUCAGGGUGAGAGUCUGUGAACCAAAACCUGUCUCUCUGACUCAGUCAGUGUGUUUACAUGCACAGCUUAAUCGGACUAAGCUCAUAGUUCGUUUUUUUCGCCGAAUCGGACUUCUCUCCUUGUCCACGUAAACAUGCAGCUGAGAAAACCGAAUUAUUGACAUGUGCGGUGCUGUGUCUGGUUGACCCAACAACAACUGCAGGUCCGUGACAGACGUCAGAAGUGUCUACAACUGCUGCUGGGCAUUUUUGAGGAAGAAGAUGGAGCAUCGUACAGCGUUGUUUUUGUUGUACAUGAUGUAUGCGCUACUUUUUCUGCUGAUGAGAUCCACGCUACUCCUCUUCUCUGGUGUUUUUGUUCCAGGGUUACGGGGGCGUAGUGCACACGCUCAUGCAUUGUCCGAUCAUACUCCAACUAUGCCGGUUACAUGGUAGAGAAAAUCGAAUUCCAAUCGCAUUAUCUGGGUGUCUUAAUCGGAGUUCUCCGACUCCAAUCGGAAUACUCAAACUCCGAUUAUAGUCGGUUUAAGGUGUUUACGGGCACUUCAGUUGUCCGGUCUUAAUCGGAUUGAGGCAAUAAUUCAGUUCCUCGAGUGUCAUGUAAACGUACUGACUGAAGACACAGAGCUUUGAACGGUGGGUCUCAUCUGUGCGUGUUUGUGUUUGUUUUAGCGUCUUUGAGUGCGGCCCAUGGUGCGGCUGCGACCGUGCUCGCUGUCAGAACCGUCUGGUCCAGAGGGGCAUCAGAGUUCGCCUGCAGGUCUUCCAAACAGAGGGGCGGGGCUGGGGUGUUCGUUGCCGUGAUGACUUGGACUGUGGCACGUUUGUGUCCAUCUACGCAGGUGGGAUUGCGUCAACAUUUGCCAAUCCUUUGUGUAAAUAGACCGGAGUCUGACUGUGUGAUCUGUUUCAGGUGUGAUCCUACGGCGGGUUCACUCCACUGCCGAGCCGCCGCCCCCGAAGCUGACGAGGGCAGACCUCCCGUCUGAUGACGAGGUAGAGGUCGUUACUGAGUGGCUGGCGCCGCCUGUCCUGGAAGGGCGGAGCAACCUAGUGGAGUCCACACCUGCCUCACUCCCCUCUCAUGUACCUGUGAUCCAGAGACCGUCUGAACCUCCUGGCACAACGCCGCGGGACCGAGAGGAAGUACGCCAACCCUCAAUGCUUAAUCUGAUAAGUAACAUGUUCUGAUUGGCCGCUUGUUUAAUUAGAUAAUCCGAUCAUGUCUUUGUCUCAGUCAGUGCUGGUCGGAAAACCAGAGGCCACGCCCACUGCUCAGAAAAAGGGAGUUACCAAGACAACCAGCAGUCCCAAGAAGGCUGGAGGUGUUAACGGCGCUGAGGAAAAGAGUGGGCGGAGUCUAAAGAGAGAACUGCAGGUGGAGGAUGUGAACUUCCUGGACGCCAGCAAGGAAGGAAACGUCGGUCGCUUCUUCAACGUAAGAGAUCAGCCAAGAGGGCGAGAUAGCAAUAGAGAGAAUCUGAGGAGUAAACAAACAAAUAAACAACAACAAAGAAAAAAGGUGUUUUAAUAUUAUUUGACUUUUGACCCCAUAGCACAGCUGCCAGCCUAACCUGUUCAUCCAGAACGUCUUCACCGACUCCCAUGACCCCGCCUUCCCCGUCAUCGCCUUCUUCACCAGCAGGUGAGUUAUAGGAGUGAUGAUGAUGAUAGCGAAGAUGGUCUACAUUAGUUACAGGUUAUUGAUGUGUUUUUUUUUCCUUCUCUCUGUCAGGGCGGUGGAGGCCGGCACUGAGCUCACCUGGAGUUACUCUUCGGACGCGGACGGCACACAGGAAGUGCCAUGUCUGUGUGGCGACGAAGGUUGUCAAGGACGGUUCACCGUGGAGGAGAAUCUGUGCGAUAUGUGCGAAGUUCAGGCUGAAACGCAGUGAUUCAUCCUGACAGAACUACAAACACAAAUCUAUUUUUUUAGACUCUUGUUUCAAUAAAAUGUUUAAAAAUC